AUGCCGACUAGCCACGACACGAAGAAAUGGCUGCAUCACCUCUGGAAACCUGCAUCGAGUGAGGGCGUGAUACCUAAUAUAGAACCACCACGCCUCGCCCCACCGCGCCCACCACGGCCAGAGCCUGGCGUCAUCAGGAACGUCAAUGCAUGGCUCGACGCAAGCAUGGAGACGCCGCUGAUGGGCGGGCUGCCGUACUGGAAAGCGGCGUCUGCAGUGCCCCCGAUCACAAGCACAGACGUGCAGUACGCCGUGCCAAUCGUGCGACCUCUGACGCCGUCCAGCCAGCAGGUGAAGUCGUUCUGCCGCCGCGCAAAGAAGAUGCACGCCAAGGUGUCUGGCAGGCAGUCAAAGUCGAUGCUGAGUCCCCACGAACAGCCACAGCUCUUGACGUCGAAGCCUGGCCGUACGAACUCGCUCACGGCCCUUGCGCGCGAAGACUCGAUGGGCGACCUCUCUGAAGCACCCACCUACUCGUCAGGACGCCCGCCGCCGUCGUACCGCUCACGCACUGCCUCGAUACUCACCACGUCCUCGUUUGGCUGCGUCGACGGCAUGAGCCCGGCCCAGCGACAGGUCAGCCAGCAGCGGGCGAUGAAGUGCCGCGGGGUGAGGGGCAGGGUGAAGGAGCUGCGGAGGAGGUUGGGUGGCUUGUAA